AUGCAAAAUAAUACAUCAUAUACAAUAUUUGAUGGUACCGAUUUAGGUGCUGAACGACAUGGUGGUCUCAUAUAUCGUCUUUAUCAUAAAAGUUUAAGUAAAUCUCAUGCAUAUAAUCAAUAUUCAUUUUCAUUUGUUGAUAUAGUUGUAUUAAAUGACAGAGGUUCAAAUUAUAAAUAUUCAAGUAAUGAAGCACGUAUUUAUUGGCCUCCGAUGCUAUUAUCAUAUGGUUGUUUUGAUCGUUUUGUUGAUGUUCAAUUUGGUCAUUUAACACUUCGUAUUUUAUCAACAAAUGAUAUGAAACAACAUUUAAAUGAUAAUUGUGGAAAAGAUUGGCCUUAUGUUGCAUGA